CUCUGAUUGGCUGGCUGCGCCGUCUCCAUCCGGGCGAGGUACUUUCUCGGCUAUGACGGUGGCAGGAAGCUCGUAGCAACAUGGUCCCGGCCUCGUUGCCACUUCAUGUAAAAUCCCGCCUGCGGCUCCUUGUGAUUCUCAAACUCUCCACACUUUUUUCUUUUCUGCGGAAACCACACACCUGCAGCUUUUCUCCCUUCCCCUCGUUGUUGUCGCGAGGCCGUCUGGGUGAUUGGGCUUUGCAACUCUCCACUCCAAUUGACUUCGUGUUUGCGCUCUUGCCGAGCUGCUAAACGUCACCACCAUGUUGGCAUCUCGUCAGCUCCUGGGCGUCGCCCGGAGCCGUACCCUCGGUGGCAUGAGCCUGGGCCUCAGGCGCAUGGCGACCGUGACAGACUCUCCUCUGGACAAGAAGGUAAGUGGCU